AUGGCCCACGAGGAUAUCGAGAAGCCCGAGAGCCAGAAGACCUGGAACUCAUCUACCGACACCUUUCACGAAGAACUCGAAGACGUUUGUCUUGAUGAAGACGUUCAGAAACCUGUCCCUCUGCCGCCCGGCACCCGACCGGAGGUAUUGAGUAAUAUUGUCCACGAAUGCUUCUUCGUCGCUCUCAUUGCCUUCGGCGCCGCAUCAUCUGUUUUUCUUCAACGUUCCAUGAUCGUCGUGGCUGCCGACAUCAACAAGAGCUUGAACAUGAGCCCGGCGGAGACGGCUUGGGUCAGCGGAGCGUCUGGCUUGACCACCGGCGCAUUUCUCAUCCCUUUUGGCCACCUGGCAGACGUCUGCCCUGUGUUGUCGCGUAAACAUUUGCUCAUUCUAAGUCUUACGGCAUUCUCUCUCAUCGUUGCCUUCACAUCUUUUGCAAACAGCGGUAUCGUGGUUGAUAUCAUGUCCGGCCUGGCUGGUCUUGCAUGUGCUGCAACCAUACCCAUCGCCGUCGGCAUAUUAAGCUUGGUCUACCCGGAGCCGUCCCGUCGCAAAAAUAUCGUAUUUUCUUCCUUCUUGAUGGGAAACCCAGCGGCGAUUAUUGUGGGCGGCCUCGGUACCGGCGGAGUGGCUUCAAGCUUCAGUUGGAGAGCGACGUUCAUCUUUUUAGGCAUUUUGUAUGCCCUAGUCACGAUACUUAGCUGGUGGAUUGUUCCCAAUGUUGUCGAGUCCCGCUCGAACCCGAAACUGCGGCGGGCUCAACGGUGCGAUGGAGCCAGUCCGUUUGUUCUGGUUUCCAAGAAAAUCCCAAACAUUGGAGGAGCUUUCCAAAGGUUCGACUGGACGGGAUUGUUUCUUCUCGUUACCGGCGUGCUAAUGUUCACGGUUGCCUUGACCAUUGGGCCUGAGGGACCCCAGCCAUGGAAGACGCCGACAGUGAUACUUCUACUGACCCUGGGACUUCUUUUGUUGGGCAGCUUCAUCAUGUGGGAAAGUUCGGCAAAAACACCAAUGAUACCGCCGGCUAUCUAG